AUGGCUAAGGCCAUUCCCAUUGUCAUGCCUAGUACAAACCAUCGACUUUGUACAUGGCAUUUGAUGCAAAAUACUGUGAAGCAUGUGAGUUCCCUCUUUCAAGAUGUUGGGGUAAAGGGUGUCUUUUCAAAAUUUAUGCAUCAAAUUGAUGAUGAAGAAGAAUUCAAAAUACAAUGGGACCAAAUGCUUCAUAGGUAUGAUGCACACAACAAUCAUUGGUUGGCGCAAACUUUUGGUGUGAAGGAGAGAUGGGGAUGGCCAUAUAUUAUGAAUUCUUGGGCAGCUGGAAUGAGUACUACUCAACUAAGUGAAUCAUUCAAUGCAUUUUUGAAGGAUUAUCUCAAUUGUGAUCAUAACUUGAUGGAAUUUUUCAAGCAUUUUGGGAGAGUGCUCUAUGACAAAAGGUAUAAAGAAUUGGAAGCCGAAUAUAAUUUGUGUCAAAAAUUGCCAAGGGUUUCCAUUCCAACUGUGAUGUUAAAGCAAAUGGCAGAUAUUUACACCAAAACAAUUUUUGAGGAAUUCCAAAAUGAGUACGUACAGUCCAUUGAAGCAUCCAUUGUAGGCACUAUUCAUGAUGGUGAGAGUACCAUAUUCACAAUUCAAACGGAUGUAGAUGGACAAAAAGAUAAGAAUGUGACAAUGGAUAGAGAUGGUUUUUUGAGUUGUAGUUGCAAGAAAUUUGAAGGGAAGGGCAUAGUGUGUCAACAUUGUUUAAAGGUGCUUAGAGAGAUAAUCAAUGCAAAGGACCUUCCUGCACAAUACAUACUCAAACGAUGGACUAAAAAAGCAAGGGCUGAAACAGUGAAAGAUAGGCGUGGGUAUGAUGUGAAGGCUGAUGUCAAACUACAUCAAAGCGACCGAUAUAGGUCAUUGAUGAAUAUGUUUAGAGCUAUAGCAAGUAGAGCCGCCGAAAGUGAAGAAACUUAUCAUUUGUCACUUGCAAAAGGUGAAGAACUGAGUGUCAUGGUUGAAGACAAAUUAAGUGUGCACACUUUUGGUCAAGUGGAGAUCACUGAAUUCAGAAAUUCCUCAGCUAACACAUGCCCACAGAGUGAUGAAGUAGAUUGUCCAAUCCAAGCCAAGGGACUGAAGAAAAGACAAGCAACUACUAAGGGAAGAAGGAGGAUCAAGGGCGGGAUGGAAAAAUAUAUUGCGAAAAAGAAAAGAAUGCAAUCUAAGCAGGGUGAUAGUUUUUGUACUCUUGAAGGUCAAUAUGAGCCUCCUGUUGCUAUGGGUAAUACUUGUAGUCAGGAUGGUUCUUUUUCUACUUAUCAAGGUCAAUCUCAACCUUCUUCUGACAUGGGUAAUCAUUCGAUACAGGGUGUUUACACUCCACAAAGUCAAUCUCGACCUCCUUUUGCCAUGGGUAGUAAUUAUGGUGUUUACACUCCACAAGGUCAAUCUCGACCCCCUUCUGGCAUGGGUCGUAGUAAUUACGUUCAGGGUCAUGGUCACGAAUCCCAAUCUCAACUUUCUUUUGCCAUGUGUCAUACUAAUUAUGCCGAGGUAACAUUUCAUAUUGUAUGUUUUCUAAAAUGA